AACAAUAAUACGAAUGACACAUAUGUGAAGGAGUAUGUCUCACUUUCUAAAAAUGUGGGAAGCAUUAGAACAUAAUUUUGGACAAAGGAAAAUAAAAUAUAUAAAAUUCAGGUUUCAGAUUGACACCUUAGAGAUACUUAUACAUAGGUUAAACAUGCUAUUUUUAAAAAAGUUUUCAAGAAUGCCCUCUCUGCAUAACAUCAGCUGUAUUUUAUUUUUAAUUGAAAUCAAUGCCCUAGUUUCAUUAAAAAUGGAUAUAGAUACAAUUUCGUUUGGUAAUUAUAUCGUUUUGACCUGCAGAGUCCAUGGAAUACAAAUAAUCGACAUCACAACAACAAGACAGUGGUCCAUGGGGGAUGAUGACAAGCUGUUAUGUUACAAUGGUCGAAUAAAUGAUCUCAGGAAGUAUAAAGAAAAAGUACUUCCAGGAAAUGAGUUUAGUCUUACAAUACUCAAUGUAACAGAAUCAGAUCUCAACGCAGUUUAUCAAUGUCGUUAUGGAUUUAAUGCAGCGAGUAAAUUCGUUGAGGCAGACGAGCCAAAUACGUUUUUGUCAUUAAGAUUGGUGAAAGAUUCCAUUAUAUUAGGAGGAGAUAUCGUAUUGACAUGCGCAGUAAAUGGAUUUAGCACAGUAGAUAGAGACGUUACAAGACAAUGGUCAAUGGGAAAUCAUGACGAACUAUUAAGCUACAAUGGCCGAAUAAACAAUCACAAAAAGUAUGAAGAAACGGUUCUUCCCGGGAAUGAGUUCAGUCUUAAAGUAUUCAAUGUAACAGAGAAAGAUGUCAAUGUAACUUACCGAUGUCGAUAUGGUUUUGAUACAGCCACAUACUUCAUUGAGAUAAAAGAGAGUUUAAGUCUACAGAAAAGAGUCCACAGUUCUCAUUCAUUCAAUAUAUCAUCUCAUAGUGCAGCAGGUCAAAAAGACGAAAGGAAUUUUAAAGUUAAUCAUGUCAAUGACACAAUCUCCUCUGAACAUAAUAAAGGAAACUUUAAAACAAAGGUAAUCUUGUUAUCUACACUGAUUCCACUAGCGAUAUUGGUUUUGGUAGCAGUUAUAUUUAUUGUGAAACGAAAACACGCACGAACAGAAACAAAGGACAAGAACCACAUAAAUAACAUAAUGGAACGUGAAAACCUUUGUACAUCGUCUGAAGGAGAAUGCAUUUCAAAGAAAGAAAAUUCUCAAACUGAGGCUAAAGUCUAGUCUAGACUCCUGACUUUAAACAGGCACAUGCAGAAUGUGGCGGAGUUAAACAUGUUAAAGAGAGGGGCAGAAGAUACCAGAGGGACAGUCAAACAUCGAAAAUAAACUGACAACACUAUGACUAAAAAAGAAAAAGACAAUAACAAAUAUACACAGCUGGCUUUUUUCUCUCGAAUUGCUCACAACUGAAUUGUUACAAUUAAAUUUGGGCACACAUUUAAAGAAUUACUUCCGACUAUGGUUGGAGCACUGGUUUCAGUUUAUUGGAAUAAGAACUCUCUCUCGAUAUAGAGACGUUGCAGGAGAUAUUUAUUACAAUGUGUGUAAAAGUUGUCUAUUAUCCAAUUAUAGCGUUUCUUCACCCUC